AUGGCUCUCUGUAAGUGUUCAGACCACUUAUGCAGCUUGCUGUUUACUGUCUGACACGACUUGUUGUUCACGCGCAGCAGUUACAGAUGCUCCACCGGCACAUGUUUGUUUCAGUUUACAGGUUGUUUUUGAAGUUUCUUAGAUCUCGUUUGGAUCAGUUAUAUGACUCAGCCAUCGUGGGACGUAUGAAAGCUGAGCGUAGUAAGGCGGCCCUAGGUUUUUGACAACUGUCCUCCCGUGGAGGAGGACUGACUGGAUGGAUACACGAUACGCAUGGAUCACCGUGGCGGUGAAGAUGUCGCGUCAGCUCCCGCAGACGCCGCAGCACAUGGAUCAUGAUACUUUAUUCGAACAUAUUUUCAUGCGGUUUGUUGGAAAUUAUUUGUUCGAGGCUGUCCCCUAUAUGGGGCCUCGGCUCAAGAGCCUUACCACAAGACAGCGGCCACAGGCAAAUUUAUUUAAUGACACUUCACGGCUGCCGUGUUGCAGUGCCGUCAUCGGGCUUUGUGGCAUCCUGUAAGGCAGUCGGCGUGCCAGAUCUCAGCCUCCCGCGUUCUCGUAGCAUUUGCCAGACCCGAGAGUCGGCCUAUUUUUACAAGGAGAGAGCCCUGGUAGCGUUGUCGAUGCUAGUCUGCGACUGCUUAUUCACCAUAGCCGGCAGCCAAUCUUUGCCAAAUGUCCCUCCACUGUCCACCAUUGGUGGGUGCGUUAGGUAGCCAGCCGAAACCGGUUCAGGCUAAUGCCAGCCGAGAUGUUGGUGAUGGCUUUUGCCAGUCUACUAUUUACAAUAGAUGGGCUAACUCUUGAAAUGUCAACCGAAACUCCGAAAUGCGUUCUCGUUUCGAAAAGAUUGGUUAAAUAGCGUUGGAAAACUAAUCAUCGUACAGUAUAGUUCUAUAUACCUGAGGAUGCCGGCCUUCAAACGAACUUCUUUCCGGCUGCAUGCAAAAACUAUACUCUGUAAAAAAUGACUACGUAUGUAGCAUGCAUUUUUCUCACUGAUUUUAGAUGACCUUAAAGAUUCAAUUAUAUUUCAUGGAAAACAUGCAUAACAAUACUCAUUCUUUUGUUCAUUCGGUAGAAAAUUACGUCUUCUGCCAAUUUUAUACUCCAAGGAAGAGUUUAAUUCGGUUGUAAAAAAGCGUCCAAUCGUGAGAUUUUUUAAUACCGUAAAAUGUCCGUUCACAAGUCAUCGGGUCUCUGCAUUUACUAAUAUUGCUUGUAAUGUUAACAUAAUGGCUCUAAUCCGCUGCCAAAUUUAAUGAACCCCAUAUGAUCUACUCUUAAUACCUUGGAAAAAUGUAUGGUAUUCCGUACGCGGAAAACACAUGGCUUGGAGUUUGGAAACCCUGAAUGCAAGUAUAACAGCAGAUCGGGUUCGAAAUUAUUCGGGAACUGGUAAGAAAUUUGACAACCGAAUUAUACCCUUGUCGAAGUAUAAAAUUUUAAGAAGACGUAAUUUUCUACCGAAUGAGCAAAAGAAUGAAUAUUUUAAUGUAUGCCCUCCAUGAAAUAUAACUGAUUUUUUAAGGGUAUCGAAAAUCAAUUAGAAAAAUGAAUGUUAAUUAAGCUAUCGUUUUUUACAGAGUAUGCUUUUUCGCAUGCAGCCGGAAAGAAGUUAGUUCGAAGGCCGACAUCUUGAGGUAACUGAAUCAUUAUAGAACUAUACUGUACGAUUAUUAGUUUUACAACCCUACUUCAUUAAUCUUUUUGAAACGAAAACGCAUUUCGGAAUUUCGGCUGACAUUUCAUGAGUUAUCCCACCUACUGUUUGUAGCUACGGGGUUCACCCCGUGUUCCUCCCUCGCGAAAGGCAGCAGAACGCCCAUGCUGCAGUUUUGUGGGACAAAUUUCCUCACAUGACCUCUGCGAAAUAACCCUAGAACGGUCCUAGUAGAUUUCGGUUGGAAGCUCCAGCCGUUUCGACAUCGUUGGCGUUUCAAUGUGUGUGUGUGUGUGUGUGUGCUCCCGGACCUAGUCAAGAUUCUUCGUCGUUUGCAACGAACAGAUGCCUAAGAGGGCGAGUAUUUCACCGUCCGAUGGGCUGAUUCCGUUUUAACCGUAAUAGUACACAAUACUGGCUACUGCAUUUACUUGAGUAGGUAUUUUUGAUUACGUUCUUCCCCGUGUACCACUUAGGCUUGCUCUACGUGUUUCACCGGAUUGUGUUAUUGAUCUUACAUGCACACAUUUGAAGUCUUUGCAGCGUUUCUUAUUUCUCUGUGUGUGCAUAGGGAAUGAAGCCGAAUUCUUUCUAAACCCAAUUUAUUUUGUUAAUUGUAGUUUGCAAAAUCUCCUCCACUUAUAGUACUUCUCUCGGUGGCGAUCGUUUGGCUGUGGGCCUGGUCCUCUGUCUCAGAAGGUAGUUCAGUUUCCUUUGUCAGACCUUCUCUAUUACUAUUCCGCUUUUUUUUACAUGUUUACUCAUGUCGCCAUAUUUUUUUCCCAAAUUGACAGUCUCCCUCUUGGCGUCGCGUUCACUAGGCGUUCAGUGUGCUUGCCGUUACCUUUCAGGCCGGCGCAAACACCUGCCACUAAUUACCCCUGAGGAAAUACGAGGUAUCCACUUGGUCGAUCGCGUGACCAACGUCAGCGUUCGAACCUUUCUUGCCCUGGAGAUCUGCACCCAUGACCCCGCACCCUUGUCGGAGAACAAGUUCUCCAACUCCCACCUCAGUUCUGCCUUCUCAUUGCGGCCGCUAUUCCAGUUGGCUGCCCACCCCGAUGCUCCAGUCUGUUGCCUCUCCUUAGAUUGCCUAGUGGCUAUUUACCGUCUUACCUUCGCUGUACUCUUUGAUAGGAACAAUUAG